AGGUAUGAACUCUUUUACGCCUCUCUCUUUGCAAUUACUUUUUGAGAGCAUCUCUCUCUAGAACGUUGAGUAUUGCUGACUUAAGCGUCGGAGUGUCUUUCCCGAGGAAACUUCCUCGAGAAUUUCAGGUGUGGAAGCAGCUGAAGAUAUCAACAGUGUUGGAUCACGAAGCUGCCCAAACAUUUGGCGUCGUCUGUGGGAAUCCGAACAAAAAGCAUUGUGACUUAACCAGCACGAGCUGAAAAUGGUGCGCACCUUCACAGGAAACCACCCCCCAAGAGAGAAUGUGGACGACCAGGGUGACACUCAGGUGUUGGAAAGUGAUCUCAAUGACUUCCAAACGCUUCCGAGAAACCUCUUCGUUGGUGGUGCAGAACAAGAACAGUCAAACACUUUAGAUGAUGAUGAAAGAACACCUACAGGGGGUGAGCAACCGGCUGCAGUAGUUGCAACCUGUAACUCCCCGGCCUUAAGCAAUGUAGUGGUCCCAACCAGACCAAGAGGAAGUGGGAAGUUGAACCCAGAACCUAGCUCGUCCAGGCAUAAUGAAGAAUUACUAAAGAAGAACACCGACCUUGAGAGACAACUCAAAGAUGUGCAGAAGUCUAUUGAUGAGCUAAGGAGUCCUAGGUCGCGCCAACAGGCUCUCGACUUGGAUAGUGCCCCUCUCAACUUGUCCAUCACGGCUGAACUGUAUCAAGAGGGAUUUAAAAUUCCCCAUUUGGAGACAUAUGAUGGGUCCGGAGACCCGGAUGAAUAUCUGCAUACUUAUCAAGCCAUCAUGAGGAUCCAGAACGCCACUGACGCCAUGAUGUGCAAAGUCUUCCCUGCGACCUUGAAAUCAAUGGCCAAAAGAUGGUACCACAAGUUACCUAGACAUUCGAUAACCUCCUAUUCUGAGCUCGCUACUCUGUUUUUGAACAAGUUCGCGAGUCAAGGAGAAAUUAAGCGCACCGCUACUGAGCUAAUGCUAGUUUAUCAAAAGGAGGGAAAGUCUUUAAGGGACUAUAUGCAACGGUUCAACAAGUCCACUCUGGACAUUGAUAACGUCCCUGAUACCAUCUGCUUAUCUGCUUUGUUGCAUGGUCUUAAACCUGGUCGGUUUCUAGACGACCUGCUAGAGAAUCCACCUAAGUCGUGGAAUGAAGUAAAUGACAGGUCCCAGAUAUUGGCGCAGAUACAACACUGGGUCAAGAGACCCCCUCCCCAAAUGCACGAUUCUUCACGAACUGACAAAAACAAGUGUUGUGACUACCAUCGUGGAUACGGCCAUAACACGGAAGACUGUCAAAGCCUGAAGGAUGAGCUUGAAUUCUUAGCUCGCAAUGGAAAAUUUGAGGGCGGGAUACCCCCACCAUCUAGCACAAUCAAUAUGAUCUCUGGUGGCAUGCAUUCGGGUGGCCAAAGCGCUCGAGGUCGUAAGGCUUAUGCUCGUCAAGUAAUGGCGGUAAACAAGAAUAGACCUCUAAAGCGCCCCUUUGAAGAAGCAGAAUGGGAAAAUGCAUCUAUUACAUUCAGCCCGGCCGAUUACAAACGGUUAGAGGAAGAACCAGAUGUUAUGAUGCCCCAUGUUGAUCCUUUUGUGGCAACGGUCCAUAUAGGCAAUUAUAACGUCAACAAAGUCUUUAUUGAUACUGGUAGUUCACCAGAUAUCUUGUAUUGGAGCUGCUUUCAAAAGAUGCAGCUGAAUCCGAGCUCACUGCAGAAGAUGGCUUCAGUUAGCUUUCUAGUCAUUAGAAUGGAAUCAGCUUUCAAUGCCAUACUAGGAAGAGCCACCCUCUGCGAGCUGAAGGCUGUCAUCUCACAACUUCAUCUUUGUAUGAAGUUCCCAACUCCUCAGGGGGUAGGAGUGCUUAAGGGGAACCAGAAGAUGGCCAAAGACUGUUAUCAAGAUACGUUCAAGAAGGUUGAGCUCACUGCAGCCUUGAGAGGCUCUUUUGAAAUUCACAGGCCGACUCAGCUCGGUCAACAGACAAUGGGCAUAUCAGAUAUUGAGCACCAACCUGAAGGUGUCGAGCAGAAGGCUGAGCCAGUAAAACCAGUGGAAGCAGUCCCUAUGAACCUGACAUGCCAGAAAGAACAGUUAAGGCAGGCUUCAUCAGGAGAGUUGAGUACUCUGAAUGAGGCGUGUCCAAAAGACUCUCACCCCUUGCCAAAUGUUGAGAAGUUGGUAGAGCGAGCAGCCAGACAUGAACGCAUGAGUUUCCUUAAUGCCAGCUCGGGUUAUCACCAAGUUCAGUUGCUGUUGGAUGACCAGGAGAAAACGGCUUUCUAUGCUAGUGGCGCGAUCUACUGCUAUGUCAUGAUGCCAUUUGGCUUGAAAAAUGCUAGCGCGUCAUAUCAGAAGUUGGUGCACGUCGUCUUUAAACUCCAGAUCGGCAGGAACAUUGAAGUAUAUGUGGACGACAUGAUAGUCACCAGUAAGUUCAUAGCCAAGUCGGUAGAAAGGUGCUUCCCAUUCUUUAAAGCCUUGAGAGAGCCCAAGAACUUUCAGUGGACCGAUAAAUGUCAACAGGCGUUCGAUGAACUCAAGCAAUAUCUGGCGUCAGCACCCCUACUUUUAAAGGCUGUGGAGGGGGACAGUUUAUACCUGUAUCUGGGGGUUACAAAGGAGGCCGGCGUGGAGCAGAACUACCCACUAGCAAAAAAAGCUGCUUUUGCCCUUGUCUACACGGCUCGCAAGUUGAGAGCUUACUUUCAGUCACACAAAAUUGUUAUCUAUACCGAUCUACCGUUGAGGAAGAUACUGCAAAAACCCGAACUCUCUGGUCGGCUUAUUGGGUGGACUAUUGAGUUGAGCAAGUACGACCUCAAAUUUCAGCCGCACACAACCAUUAAAGGGCAUGCUGUGGCGGACUUCCUAGUGGAAAGCCUUUCGACGACUGUGGAAGAAAGGGCGCCCAUAUACCUAGUAUGGGUUUUAUAUGUAGAUGGAGCUGCUAAUAUUGAAGGAUCGGGUGCUUGGGCAGUGCUAGUGGGCCCAGAUGGCUUUAAAUCUGAGCACGCAUUAAGGUUCAAGUUUCAAACAACAAAUAAUGCUGCAGGGUAUGAAACCCUUAUUUAUGGUUUGAAGCUAGCGUCCGAGUUGAAACUUGGUCGUUAUGCUUCUGUAGUCAACAAAUUGAAAUCAGGAUUUGUCUCUUUCCAGAUCGACAAGAUACCUAGAGCAGAUAACCAACGAGUUGAUGAGCUAUCAAAAUUAGCUUCCUCGCAAGAUAUCAAUCCUCAGAGAUCAACAAUUGUGGAGGUACUUGACGCACCGAGCUACACUGACUUCACAAUCGAGUGUCGAUUACUAAGCACAGAUCCCUUUUUGCCGAGCUGGACUACACCCCUCGUUGAGUAUUUGCAAAGUAGCGAGCUGCUUGAAGACCCAUCCACCUCAAAGUUGAUUAAAUGUAGUGCGGAAAACUUCACCUUGAUAGAUAAUCAACUCUACAAGCGAGCAGCCUUAAUGCCCCUACUAUGCUGCCUUACUCCUUAUGAAGCUGAAUACGCUGUAAGGGAAGUUCAUGAAGGAGUAUGUGGCACACAUAUAGGUGGUAAAACAUUAGCUCGAAAACUCCUGAGACAUAGGUAUUACUGGCCUACUAUGGUCGAGGACGCACAGAGUUAUGUCAAAAAGUGCCCAACCUGCCAGUUCAAUGCUGAGACAUUCACAUGCCAGGUAUCUGAGCUCGUUCUAAAGUUUGUGCAAACCUCACUCGAUCUGCUCGACCCUUUUAUUAAAGGCAAAGGAGGUUGCACAUUCCUAGCUGUUGCGGUGGAUUACUUCACCAAAUGGAUAGAAUCCAAACCAUUAUCCACGACAACAGAGAAGAAAAUAGAGGAAUUCCUAUUCAACUCAAUAUUAUGCAGGUUCGGCAUACCUAAACGAAUCAUAGCUAACAAUGGUCCACAGUUUCGAGCCGCAACACUUAGGUCGUUCUGCAAUGACUAUGGCAUUGAGCUCGCCUUGACAUCUGUAUAUACUCCACAGUCAAAUGGGCAAGCCGAGUCUGCCAAUAAAAUCGUCUUACGAGGCCUCAAGACACGCGUUUUAGUUGCACGCUCUAAUUGGGUUGACGAGCUCAAUAAAGUGCUCUGGUCAUGUCGCACUACACCUAGCUCAGCUACAGGCGAAACCCUUUUCAGCCUUGCCUAUGGAGUUAAGGCCGUCAUCCCUGUAGGGGUCGAUUGCCAUCCGAUAGAGCAGAUCGGCACAAUGAUCCUAGUAAUGAGCAACUUUUAAGAGAGAACCUAGACCUUGUAGAAGAGGUUAGGGAGAUGUCUCGAAUAAGAAAUAUGGCACAUCAAA